CCGGCCCCACUCGCGCAGCGCGGUUCUGCGCGGGUCGCAUUGUCUGCUGCGCCGUCCCGCCUGCUGGCCUCGUCCGGCGCCGCCGCUGCCCGCACGCCACGGGCCUCUCACCGAGCACCGCUCGCGGGAUUCCGACGCGGGAAGGGGGCGCGCCCGGGCGGCGCAGCGGGCCUCGCACGCCCCCGGCCCCGCACGGAGCAGCCGCGGCAGCAGAGUCUCUUCAGGAGGAGGGUCCCCAGCCUACCUUGCCAUGUCCCGCCGAAGCCAGCGCCUCUCGCGCUACUCCCAGGGUGAUGAUGACGGCGGCAGCAGCAGUGGAGGAAGUUCGGUGAUGGGAAGCCAGAGCACCCUGUUUAAAGACAGUCCUCUCAGGACCCUGAAGAGGAAAUCCAGCAACAUGAAGCGCCUGUCCCCAGCGCCCCAGCUGGGCCCCUCCUCUGACGACCACACCUCCUACUACAGCGAGUCGGUGGUCAGGGAGUCCUACUUCGGCAGCCCCCGGGCCGCCUCCCUGGCCAGGAGCUCCAUCCUCGACGACCACCUGCACAGUGAGCCCUACUGGGGUGAGGACCUGCGGGUGCGCAGGAGGAGAGGCACAGAGAGCAGCAAACUCAAUGGGCUUGCUGAGAACAGGAGCUCCGAGGACUUCCUGGGGUCCUCCUCCGGCUACUCUUCCGAGGAUGACUUUGCAGGCUACUCGGAGACGGACCACCAUAGUUCGGGUUCACGGUUAAGGAACGCCGUCUCCUGGGCAGCCUCUUGUCUCUGGACGCUUGUCACUUCUCCAGGCCGGCUCUUUGCCCUCCUCUACUGGUGGGUUGGCACGACCUGGUACCGCCUGACCACAGCUGCCUCCCUUCUUGAUGUCUUCGUUUUGACCAGGCGCUUCUCAUCUGUGAAGACAUUCCUGUGGUUCCUCUUGCUGCUGCUGCUCAUGACUGGCCUGACCUACGGUGCUUGGUAUUUCUACCCCUACGGGCUGCAGACCUUCCACCCUGCUCUGGUUUCCUGGUGGGCAGCGAAGAGCAGUGGCAGGCAGCAGGACGUGUGGGAGCCCAGAGACUCCUCCCACUUCCAGGCUGAGCAGCGCAUCUUGUCCCAGGUCCACUCUCUGGAGCGGCGUUUGGAAGCUCUGGCCGCAGAAUUUUCCUCCAACUGGCAGAAGGAGGCCGUGCGGCUGGAGCGGCUGGAGCUGCGGCAGGGGGCCGCCAGCGGGGAGGGCCACGUGGGCCUGAGCCAGGAGGACACGCUGGCGCUUCUGGAGGGGCUGGUGAGCCGCCGUGAGGCUGCCCUGAAGGAGGACUUCCGCAGGGACACCGCCGCUCGGAUCCAGGAGGAACUGGUCACCCUGAGAGCAGAGCAUCACCAAGACUCCGAAGACCUUUUUAAGAAAAUUGUCCAGGCCUCCCAGGAGUCUGAGGCUCGACUCCAGCAGCUGAAGUCUGAGUGGCAAAGGAUGACCCAAGAGGCCUUCCGAGAGAACUCCGUGAAGGAGCUGGGGCGCCUGGAGGGCCAGCUGGCAGCCCUGCGGCAGGAGCUGGCGGCCCUGAGCCUGAAGCAGAGCUCGGUCGCAGACCAAGUGGGCCUCCUGCCCCAGCAGCUGCAGGCCGUGAGGGAUGACGUGGAGUCUCAGUUCCCUGCCUGGGUCAGUCAGUUCCUUCUCCGAGGUGGGGGAACCCGCGCGGGGCUCCUGCAGCGAGAGGAGAUGCAAGCUCAGCUGCAGGAGCUGGAGAGAAAGAUCCUCACCCACGUGGCCGAGAUGCAGGGCAAGUCCGCGAGGGAGGCCGCGGCCAGCCUGGGGCUGACGCUGCAGAAGGAAGGCGUGAUCGGGGUGACGGAGGAGCAGGUGCAGCGCAUCGUAAACCAGGCCCUGAAGCGCUACAGCGAGGACCGCAUCGGGAUGGUGGACUACGCUCUGGAAUCGGGAGGGGCGAGUGUCGUCAGCACCCGGUGUUCUGAGACCUACGAGACCAAGACGGCCCUCCUCAGCCUCUUCGGCAUCCCCCUGUGGUACCACUCCCAGUCCCCCCGAGUCAUUCUCCAGCCGGACGUGCACCCAGGCAACUGCUGGGCCUUCCAGGGGCCCCAGGGCUUUGCCGUGGUUCGCCUCUCUGCCCGCAUCCGCCCCACUGCUGUCACCUUAGAGCAUGUCCCCAAGUCGUUGUCGCCCAACAGCACCAUCUCCAGUGCCCCCAAGGACUUCUCCAUCUUUGGGUUUGAUGAAGACCUACAGCACGAGGGGACACUUCUUGGCCAGUUCACCUAUGACCAGGAUGGGGAGCCCAUUCAGACCUUUUACUUUCAGGACCCUAAAAUGGCGACAUACCAGGUGGUGGAGCUUCGGAUCUUGACUAACUGGGGCCACCCUGAGUAUACCUGCAUCUACCGCUUCCGGGUGCAUGGGGAACCCGCCCACUAAGCCUUCUCUGUGCUGCGGCCAGCCAGCUGGGAGGCCAGCCCCUCUCAGCGUGUGCCCCUUUCUCCUGGAGUGGGAGAGCAGCACCCCUGCCACUUCCCCACAUGCUUGACCAGCACGCAGACUUCCGGGAGCAGGAACCCCUGGCCUGAUGGAUCUGAGAAGAUGCAGGGCUGUCCUAGCAGUGGGACAGCUCGAGGUGGACAGCAAGCUCCAGCGUCCCUUUUCUUUGUCUUCUUUGUGCCAGGCACUGGGUGUCUACUUCCCCCUCUUGGAAGGGUGUAUAUAUGUAGCAUAUCGUGGGGGAUUGAGAGACAGGGAGAGAGGCAAUGAGUGGACAAGUUCCAGCAGAGGUGGGUGGAACCUGUCUGCCCUUGAACCAGGACGGGGGCUGGCACCGAGGAGCUGCUGGUGGUAGGCGCGUGCACGAAGCAGGUGCCAAAGCCGCGGGUGGGCUGUAAGUGGGGGCCUGGGGCAAGUCAGCUGCCCCCAGCGGCGGGCGGGGAAGUGAGGGCCUCCAGGAGGAAAGUGCUCUUGGUGCAGGUUGGGAUUGAGCCCCAGGCGGGCAGCUCCAUGCACAGGGCAGCCGGGCUCUUCCAGAAGUCUAGUGCCACCAACCUAAGGGAGCUUGACCCAUGAGGUCCCCCAAAGGCCUCGCUACACUGUACUUGUUCUGGGUCAAAGUGGGUCCUUGGGCUUUCCAUACCCCUCGAGGGUCUGGCUCCUGUAAGCCUCUGAGGGGCCAGGGGGCCGGCCUGAUUCCCCCUCUGCUGGGGCUAGUUGCUUUCUCUCUCCUGAUGCUGAGACCAAGGUCCACUCCGCUCCCCAUUCCUGCUACGGCCUGCCUGUGUCCCAGAGCAAGCUUGUCACAUUCCCCCAGGGUGCAGGGAGCCCAGACCAGAAGCAGCUGCGGUCAGCUUAAAAGGGUGGGGAGCAGGGUGGGGAGCAGGGUAUGCCCCCGGCUCUCCAGGUGGUCCCAUGAGUAUGAUAGUGACAUUGAAGGUGUCACGGUGGCAAGAGGUCUGUCUGUGGCCCCAUCCCAGUCAGGCCCGAGUGUAAGGGCCCUAAUUCUCAGCUGCCCCCUUGGGACUCUUCGGCUCUUGCUCAGUUUGUUUCCUUCUAGCUCAUUUUCUACAGGGGCGGCGGCAUUCAGGGGUGGUGGGCUGGGGGAAGAGCGGGCUCUGCUGUAUUAUGUAUAUAUUCUUCAAGGUCUGAUUCUUAACUGAAAAGCUUUGGGCUUGAUCCCUAGCCCCGCUGUGUGGGGCACGGGCUGACUCAGCUCCUCCUUACCAGCUGCCGCAAGGGACUGCUGUGGAGGCAGGCGCCCUGGGAGCAGGGCUAAGCCCUAGAUGGGCUCCUGGGGGAGGAAGCUGGAAGGAAGAGGAGGCCCGAGGCCGCCCGCAGCCCUCUGGCAGCAGCCCCAGCCCCGACAACCAGGUUUCAUUUUGCGCUCUCCUGUCACAAAUGCUGCACUAUCGGUUCUGAACUUUUUAUCUCCAGAUUCUAAUUUAUGCCUAUGCAAAAAAAAAUAAAUUAUGCCCAGGAUUCAUGGCAUGUGUAGUUUUU